AUGGUUCACAAGAGCCAUCCUCAGUUUCUUUAUUUCUUCCACAUGCCUUCUGAAAAAUACUUGAAGCUCCAAGCAAUGUGGAUGUUAUUGAUGCGCACCAUUCGUACUGAAGAAGAAGAAGAUGUUGCAUGGUUUGCCGUGAAUGGUGUGCCCAUCCGCUAUUCUAUGAGGGAGCAUGCCCUCAUCUCUGGCUUAGACUGCCAUGAGUAUCCGAGGAAGUAUUUGAAGCUCGGGGGUACAAAGUUUGUGGAUUGUUACUUUGGUGGACUAAAGAAGAUCACCAUAACAGAUGUGGAGCAUAAGUUGUUUCUAUGA